UUGAUUCAUUUCGGCGGAAAGCUUUUAAUAGCGUUUGUUCGAAGCUUUAUUGGAACAAGUUUCCUGUACUUUAAAAAAUAAACAAUAAAAAUUUAAAUAUUAUUUUGUAUUUCGUGGUGUAAAAUGCAAAUUUCUUAUUAAAUGAUUAUACAAGCCAUUUAUUUUAAGAAUGAGUAACAUUUAUAUUCAAGAACCACCAACAAACGGAAAAGUUCUGUUGAAUACAACUGCUGGUGAUAUAGAUAUUGAAUUGUGGUCUAAAGAAGCUCCAAAAGCUUGUCGCAACUUUGUACAACUCUGUCUGGAAGGAUAUUAUGAUGGAACAAUUUUUCAUCGUAUGAUAAAAGGUUUUAUUGUCCAAGGUGGAGAUCCAUUGGGUGAUGGUACUGGUGGUGAAUCAAUUUAUGGGCAUCCUUUCAAGGAUGAAUUUCAUUCUCGCUUGCGCUUUGUUCGUCGUGGGCUGGUGGCUAUGGCAAAUUCUGGAAAGGAUGAUAAUGGAAGCCAAUUCUUUUUUACUCUGGGGGCAACUCCAGAGUUACAAAAUAAAAAUACAAUAUUUGGAAAGGUUACUGGAAAUACCAUAUACAAUAUGUUAAAACUUGAAGAAGGCCUUGUGGAUAUAAAUGACAGACCUCUUUAUCCACACAAAAUAAUAUCAACUAAAGUGUUAUCUAAUCCAUUCCCAGAUAUAGAACCCAGAAUUAAGACCAAACUUGAAGAAAAAGUUCCUGAAAAGCCCAAAGAAAAAGUUCAAAAAAACUUUAAAUUGCUAUCAUUUGGAGACGAGGCUGAAGAAGAUGAAGCUGAAAUUAUGGCUGUUACUGAAAAAUACAAAGGCCAAAGCAAAAGCAGUCAUGAUUUGGCAAAUGAUCCAAAAUUAAGCUCAGUGCCAGCUGUUGAUCUGAAUAAAGACCCAGAAGAAAAGCAGCCAUAUAUAGAUAGUUUGCGUAAAACAUUUGAAAAGGCACAUGCUGAUAGAAUGCAAUCUAAAACUGAUGAGGAAAAAAGGGAAGACUGUGACUCUAAAGUUAAAAAGUCAAAUGAAGAAGAAACAGAUGAAUCUUUGGAGAAAAGGAAAGAAAUUCAGAAACAAAUCAAAGAGUUAAAAAAAGAACUAAGAGGAAAGAAAAAGGAAAAAAUUGUUGUUCCUGAAGAAACUAAUGAAAAAGAAUCAGAAAAGGAGGAGAAUGAUGUCCUAGCAGAAUAUCAUAAACAAUUGGCCAAAUAUAAAUCAAAACCAGUUACACGCAAAGGAACAUCAGAAAGAGAGGAACAGACACUGAAGUUUUUAGAGAGGUUUAAAAGUUCUAUGGAAAAAGCAAAACAAGUUCAUAAAGAUGAGGACGAAGUAAAGUCUGAUGAAGAUGACAAUGAAGCUUGGUUAGCCCAUUGUUUACGUGCAGAUGAUGAAAAAGUAGUUCUUGCAAAGGAUGCCAAUUUACCUGCUGAAGAUCGUUAUGAUAUAUCUGAUCCACGAAAUCCAAUUAAUGAAAGAAGAAGAAAAAAAGCAAAGACAAGAUAACUGUUCAUAUUUAUUAUACAGUAGAGGCAAUGUAAAUAAACCAAUAAAAGACUUUUUAAUUACA